AUGAGUACGUCUUCAGAAUCGAUACCACCACACCCGGCGGAGUUCCUUCUCAACCAGCCUCUGAAACUGUACCGAGAUUGUUUACGACUGGCGGAUUAUUUAGCGCACAAACAAUCCGUCCCGAGAUUUGCCCUGAGAGAACAAGUGAGACACGUUUGGAGGAAGAAUCAGUGCUUGAUCGAUGCAGAGGAGAUUCAAAAAGCACGAGAAGCCGCGCUGAGAGGUCUGAGCAACAGCAUGAUGCACUUCGCGACGGAGAAUUUAGACAACCCGAAAGGGAAUCAGAGAAGCGCUUUUCUAGAAGACGAGGAAGAAGAAGAAGAAGAAGAGAAGAAAUAG